CAGAACACGUUAGGAAAUAUUGCCUCAUGCAGUCUUGGCUACAGACAACAGUCUUCAAGAGGAACGGGGAUCGGGAGGGGAAAGAGCUGGCCUGCUUCGUGUAUUAAUUAAUACAGUAUAACACCGGGCCUUGACCAGGUUCGAUCAAGGAGCAGUGUUCCUCCGCUUGACUUGCCCGCCCAGCUUCUCAGCAACCAAGCACUCUUGAACUUUUCGAGGAGCACAAUGGAGCUGCUUCGAGUCUCCCUCGCCGCUGUUGCACUCUCCCCAUUAAUAUUAUUCGGCGUUGCAGCCGCCCACCCUACCGCCCGAUCCAUUGCCCGCUCCACGAUUCUUGACGGAGCCGAUGGCCUUCUUCCGGAGUAUGACUACAUCAUCAUCGGGGGCGGCACGUCCGGAUUGACUGUCGCCGACAGACUCACGGAGAAUAGAAAGCAUUCUGUUCUUGUUUUGGAAAGAGGCAUUUUCCAGAACUCUAGCUCGGUGACCACCAUUUCUGGGGGAAGCAGAGGCCUCUUCGAUCCAAGUCUGACCUUCAACAUCAACUCCGUUCCCCAAGCUGGGCUGGACAACCGCAGCAUUGCCGUCAUUGGCGGGUUGAUCCUCGGCGGCAGCUCCGGCGUCAACGGGCUUCAAGUCCUCCGUGGACAAAGAGAAGACUAUGACCGCUGGGGAUCGUACUUUGGGCCAAACUCUGACUGGAGUUGGAAAGGUCUCCUGCCGUAUUUCAAGAAGGCAUGGAAUUUCCAUCCGCCCAGGCCAGAGCUGGUCAGUCAGUUCGACAUCAAGUACGACCCCAGCUACUGGGGCAACACGUCUGACGUGCACGCAUCUUUCCCAACCACUUUCUGGCCGGUGCUCAAAUUGGAGAUGGCUGCAUUUGGUGACAUCCCUGGGGUCGAAUAUCCGCCCGACUCUGCUUCUGGCGAGACCGGGGCGUAUUGGCACCCAGCGUCCGUUGACCCAGCGACAGUCCUCCGCUCCUUCGCUCGGCCCGCGCAUUGGGACAACAUUGAGGCGGCACGUCCCAAUUACCACACCCUGACCGGGCAACGCGUAUUGAAGGUCGCAUUUGAUGGCAAUCGAGCGACCAGCGUCGUCUUCGUGCCGGCGAAUGCAACGGAUCACAGCACUGCCAGGUCCGUGAAGGCCAAGAAGGAGAUCGUCUUGGCCGCCGGCGCCAUUCACACGCCCCAAAUCCUACAGGCGAGCGGAGUAGGGCCGAAGCAGGUCCUGAAGGAAGCAGGCGUGCCGCUUGUCGUUGACGCUCCCGGUGUCGGCAGCAAUUUCCAAGACCAGCCGUAUGUGGUUGCUCCCACCUUCAAUUUUACCAAGUUCCCCUUCCACCCGGACUUCUACGACAUGAUUCUGAACCAGACUUUUAUCGCCGAGGCUCAGGCCCAGUUUGAAAAGGACCGUACCGGACCUCACACCAUCGCAUCCGGCUAUUGCGGCAGCUGGCUCCCCCUCCAGAUCAUUGCCCCAAAUUCGUGGAAGGACAUCGCUAGGCGGUACGAAUCCCAAGACCCAGCCGCCUACCUCCCCGCCGGCACCGAUGAGACCGUCAUCGAGGGGUACAGGGCGCAGCAGAAAGCACUAGCGAGGUCCAUGAGGAGCAAGCAAUCGGCAAUGUAUAACUUCUUCCUGAGGGGCGGCUACGAAGAGGGUUCUGUCGUCUACUUGCACCCAACCAGCCGUGGCACCGUUCGCAUCAACCGAUCCGACCCCUUCUUCUCGCCGCCCGAGGUCGACUACAGGGCACUGAGCAACCCUACCGACCUGGAGGUCCUGCUCGAAUUCACUCCCUUCACCCGCAGGUACUUCUUGGAGACGAGGUUGAAGUCCCUCGACCCGGUCGAGCUGUCGCCCGGUGCCAACGUCACGGCGCCCGCCGACAUCGAGGCCUGGCUUCGCAGCGUCAUGAUCCCGUCCUCCUUCCAUCCCAUCGGCACGGCCGCCAUGUUGCCUAGGCACCUCGGUGGUGUCGUGGACGAGAACCUUCUGGUGUACGGGGUCGAAGGCUUGAGUGUCGUCGACGCCAGCGUCAUGCCCGACUUGCCGGGCUCAUACACGCAGCAGACCGUGUAUGCUAUUGCUGAGAAGGCCGCGGAUCUCAUUAAGAGCAGGGCUUGAUUAACCUGGAUGGCAGACCAUUGUAGUGGCCGGAGGUCAGGAUUGAUGUCUAUCAUAUGCUGAUGCCGAUCAGGCAAAGA